AUGGCGGGGACUGGAGAAGGAGAUAGCGGGGCCGGUUUCGAAUUCGACGCUGCCACCGACUUUUCUCGCCUCUUGCAGCAGUCGGAGGCUGCGUGGAGCAACGAUGGAGGUCUUUGGGCAGAUCCCGAGCCAUUGCGACUGGACGACAGAUACUGCCCUCUCCAUCCCGGCGCCGACGAUUGCUUGUGCUUCGGAUUCCUGGGAGAUUGGGAAAYUCCAGAACGGGUAGUUGAUGCUGCUCUGCCCGAGGAACCCGACUACUCCAAGUUUGAAAAUUACAUYCCUCAAUUCAUCCGCCCCGUGCAGUCCUGCGAAUCAUGCAAGGCCAGGCGUCUCCAGUGCUACAUGCGUCGGGGUGAACCGAGUUGUACGCCUUGUGCCACGCUCUUCAGAGAUUGUAGUCUGGCAAAGGUGAACUUGGCAGGCCCUACGAAUCAAUCGCUCAAUGGAUCUACAAUGCACGUCGUCGAUGAGGACACUGCUCUGGACCGCGAACUACUGGCAUCCAUCAAGCCACUGGAAUCGCAAGUAAACGGUAGGGUCCCUUUCAAAGACGAUAUUCCCGGGACUUCGAAGCGUAAUGGCAUUCGAUUUCCGAAAGCUGCAGUCAAGAUUCUUCGCGACUGGCUUGAGAGUMACGCAGAUAAUCCCUACCCAUCCGAGGAGCAAAAGGCUGAGCUGGAAGCCUCCACCGAGCUCAAAGCCUCCCAAAUUGCAAACUGGCUUGCAAAUGCCCGACGGCGUCGCAAGGUGACGGAAAAGGCUCGACCGAGACUUGCCAUGUCACCAAGCCUGCGUCCAACCACGUCUGCCAUUCCAAUCCCCGCUCGAAACUCGGACAAGUCAUGGGAGGAGCUCAAUCCUYUUGAGAGAUGGAAAAACAGUCCGYCAGAAAAUGAGCCGGCCUCGAUGAGAGAUAUUGUAAACGCCAUUGCGACCACGGACAUUCCCGAAGGCGAUUCUUCCGCAGCAUCACCAUCGACUUUGUGUCAUUCAAAACGGCGCCACGGAUCAAGCAAUGGGUCUGGCUUCUCGCGAAAACGAGCACCAUCGACAACUUCACAAGAGACUGGAUUGACGUCGUCCAUCUCUGCAUCUAGUGCUGCAUUCUCAAAUGGUUCCUCUCAUUCCACUCAUGGCUCCUUCAACUCGUUCAGCUCCAGCCUCGCGGGCAAGAAAGAUCGACGAAGGCGGCGCAGACCGACGGCUCCAGCUGCAAGACGACAGCUCACAGACGACAAGAAGCGCAUCUUCCAGUGCACAUUCUGCUGUGACACCUUUCGAAACAAAUAUGACUGGACGAGGCAUGAAAAGUCAUUGCACCUCUCCCUUGAAAAGUGGGUAUGCGCUCCACUCGGACCCGUGAUCAUCGACCCAGAGAGUGGCUCCAAAAAAUGCGUGUACUGCGAUCUCAACAACCCAUCGAGCGAUCAUAUAGAAUCUCAUAACCACCGCCAGUGUGAAGAGAAAGGCCAUGAUGCGAGGACCUUUUACCGGAAAGACCACUUGCGACAACACUUGAGGCUCUUCCACGGCUGCGAUGUCAUGGUUCCAUCUACGGAAAGCUGGAAGUCGGUUGCGAAUACCAUCAAUAGYCGAUGCGGGUUCUGUGGCAUGCGUUUCACCACCUGGACUGACCGUGUCGACCACAUCACUGCUCACUUCAAGGCGGGAUCGCGCAUGCAAGAGUGGAAAGGUUGUCGGGGACUCGAUCCCUCUGUUGCAGCUCAGGUCACGAAUGCGAUGCCACCCUACUUGAUUGGCCAGGAGUCCGUUUCACCCAUUCCUUUCAGCGCGACCAAGCGAAAUUCCGGCAGAGACGUUCAAGAUGCUUCACAUUUCGACAGCGGCCUCCUCGAAGGUUACACUAGCAACAAUAAUAGCGACAAAGCAACCUUUUGGGAAAUUUUGACGGUCAAGCUGGGACAGUAUGCGAAAGAACAGUCCGAAAAAGGCGUGGUAGUUUCCGACGAGAUGCUGCAGAGUGCGGCCCGUCAAAUACUCUACCAUUCCGAUGACAGCUGGAACCAGACGGCGGCAGAUAAUGCAGAAUGGCUCGAUUUAUUCAAAAAGGCACACGGGCUGAAUUUCAUACCCUCCACCGUCGGUGGCCGCGGGGAGGCAAUUCCGGAGGACCUCGAGACUUAUGGAGAUCUGGGUUUGAGGAUACCAUUUGCGAUACAACUGCAGGCCUACAAUGAUUCCCAUUGCAACUCCCGUCAAAUGGCGAAUGCCGCGAACAUACCACAAUUCUACAAGCAGGUCCUGGAGACACGCCGCGCUGGGCUGACCCAAUUGUACUCGGGUCUUUGCGAGAAGGGAGUCUUCUACGAUGGCGAUCGGCGAUGUGACCAUGAGAUGUGCUCGUUGAAUCUCCUAGACGUGAGCACUGUCGAUGGCGAUCCUUCUCCCGGCCCGCGAAUGCGAAGAUGGUGUAGCAACAAUCUCACGACAGAAAUGUCACAGCAGCUCAGUUAUUAUACUCAAGGACUGUAUCCCGCUGCCGAAGGGAGCAUGGAGGGCUUCAACAAUGCGAGCGCAAGAGCGAGAGGCCUAGCUGCCCUGUCACGGAUUGAGGCCCUUGAAGAUGAUGAUCCUGAUGGCCUCAGAAAUGGUGUUGCUCCGAAAAAGCCAUAUCUACAGCGCCACCGUUAUGAGUUGUCUAAAGAGCGCGAAAAACUGUUUGAGACGACAACAGGCGCAUGGCUAGACAGCGGGUUGAUGCCAGAGCCAGUCCGAACAGUGYUGGAUACRUCCGAGCCGGCUCGAACAGUCUUGAAUACAGCCGAGCAGACCGUACCGACAGCACCGACUGUAGCAGGAGAUGAGGCGCUCUCUGCACGCAUUGUUCUGCAGGAUGAUGCAUGUUUUGACUGGCAGAAUUUCGUCGUCCAAGAUGGAACAGCGGAGCUCAACGAAAAAAAGACACGAGACUUCUGCCCUGAUGCUGCUACUACUAUGGAUGUUGAAAUGACCUGGGAUGACUUGAUAGCGCCCAUUUCCAACACAACAACGGAGAUGAUGUUGCCGAAUGACUUUGGAAUGAACGAUGUCAAUUUUGACGACUUUACGUUUGACGGGGUAUUUGAUACGCCGCUUGAUGGCACUUUUUUGACUUGA